CCAAAGGUAUAUAUAUGGGCAAGGCCAAAACCUCAAAUCCCAUUCGUUUUUAAAUUCCCAAAACCCUGGUAAAACAAAGUGUUCACGUUUUGGCGGACAGAUACGCAUUCAACAGAAGAAAAAUUGUUCAAGCCUCGGCCAGAAGUUAUGGAAUCCGAUCCUAAGACGAAGCCGGAUAUGAUUUCUAAGACUUUUAAUGGAGAUAAAUCAAUCGCUGAGAGAGGUAUUAAAAUUGCUACGAAGCAACUGGAAGCGCCGUUGUCACAUGCUGAUCGCGGCAGUUUUAGGGAGCGUUAUGAUAGAUAUGCUGAUAUUGUGGAAGGAUCCGAGGGUUUCAUUUCGUUUCCGGGUCUAACUUCCUCAAUCAUGGGUGGCAUCGGGCCAUGUCGAGUCAAUGAUAAAUACACUGAAAAGGCUGCCAAGUAUGCCGUCGAAGAGCAUAACAAACGGACGAGUGAAAAUGUAACACUCAAGAAUAUUGUCAAAGCUAAUUCGCAGUUUGCGAAUGAUAUGGUGUUCUAUUUGACAUUGGAAACAUUGGUUGGAGAUCAGACAUUUUUUAAGGAAGCUAUAGUGCAUCAAUACGUGGAUGGUUCUCAGAAAUUGGAUAUUUUCAGGGAUGCUAUCUACUAUUAUAAAAUAAAAGAGUUAGAAUCAAUCCUUGGGGGUGAUGCUGAUUCAUCCACUAAAAGGAGUGCAGGAAGGCCUCAUAAGUGUGCUUUUUUCAAAGCUCAUGAGCGUGAGAAUUGGUUGAAAAUUCGAUAUAAUCCUACACAAUUACUUCAAAUUUUUGGACGUAGAAAAAGACGCGCUCGGCUGUUUGCAUCAUGUUUUUUCUUCGAUCUAAGAAACGGAAUACUAGGCUUGAGUCCCACUGCAUUCUAUUCAAAUGGCGAUGAUAAAGCAGCAGAUGGUGCUGGAAUAAGAAUGGAGCUUCAUUUUGCAGCUGCGCCAAAAGCUCACCCUGUCAGUUGUUUGCCUAUACAAAUACACAGGGAUAUUGGACUAGCUAGUGCCCUUGUACGAAAACUUGACUGGGAGAAAGGGAUUGAAAACAAUUUUUUGUGCAAUAUUAACUACUAUAGAGAACUUAAUAGUGAAUCUACAUUUCAAAUUCUUGUUAUCAAAUGUUUAGCAACUGAGAGGGUCCUAUAUGGUACUCAACUUCUGGACACACUUCUUACAUAUCUUUAGCGCAUCCAUGGUGUAAAUUAUUAUGGGAUGAUUGAAACUUAUUAUCCUGAAGGUUUUAGGCAUGUGAGGCCAGAUGAUAAUGAUCAUGGAGAGACCAUUGAGUCUGGGGACGAGUGGCUUCAUAAACUUCAUUCAUUUUGGUAUAAAAGGUUGACUAAUCGCUGGGUACAUAUAAGGAGGAGGGGACCUAGAAGGAAGUUUAAAAGGAUGCGCUCUAAUUUGUUGACUCAUCCCUGGAAACCUCUGAUAAUGAAACAGAAACUAGAUGCUGCAGAUAUUGAGGCUUUUUAUAGAUGUAAAUGUGUGAAAAAAAUAUAUGAUGAAAACAAAGGAUGGAUGUUUGGUUGUGUUGCUGAUGCUUGUACAGAACUUUUCCAUUGUGCUGAAGACGCAUGUAAACAUCUGAUGCUAGAACACCCAGAAGUUGAGGAGAAGCUCACUUCAUUAUUGCAUGAGAAAGUAUAUCUCCAUAACUACAUGAGUGAUCCAGACGCUCGUGGUAGCUCAUGGUGGGACCCCUGACAAGCAGCAACCAUAGGUAAAUUACAUUUACAAUUACAGUCUGCUCUGAGCUUCUAAGGAAAAAAAGGUAGUCUGUCUGAUUUAUCUCUUAUUUCUCUCGUUUUUAGUUUUGGUAAGUUGGGUCUUGCAAAUUAAGAGGUUCCUUAAUUUUUAUUUUGAUUGAAUGGGCAGCCAAGAUUUAAGAGAUUUUUUUCCCCAGUGGCAUGAAAAUCUGGAAGAUGGUUUAUGUAUUGGCAUGGAUCUCUUAUUCAUUUCUCACUGUAUUGAUAAGCUUUCCGAUCCUUGUUCAUGAGAUGUUGGCAGUUCCUAAGGGGUGAUUAGCAUUAGGAGCCUGCUGACCGAGAGAUAUAAUUUGUGGUGAAUCAACUUUAGCAAGUAACAGAUUAUAGACAUUGGACCAAGCAAACUUAAGAAUUUGAGACCUAGAUAGAAACCCCCAAAGCUUCACUAAAAGAGUUUUACUAACCCUAAGACUUGCAUAUAUUGAAAUCUUUGUGCCAACACCCUUUAACAGUAGCAGAUGAUUUCUCUUCUUAUGCAAAUUUAUGCAACUGGGAAAAUUUUAUUUAAAGGGAACCUCUUUUUUUGGCAUAAAGAGAAGCUCUUCCCUCGAUAAUAUUAGCAGCAGCCCAUUCCUAAAUGCAUCAAAUUCUAGCUUCACAGGAUAUGGUAAAAUGUGCAGCAGUCAUGCAUAGGCAUAAUAAACCCCCUCCAUUUUGUUGUGUUUUAAGAUGUAUCAUUGUGUAUUUGUAGUUACCUUUUAUUUGUUUAUUUAUUCUUGUUGAAAAGUAGUUAUCUUUUAUUUGAGAAGCUGCUAUUUUCAUUUAUGCUUUCCCUUUAACUACAGUUUUAUUAUGUACUUUAGUUCCAAUAUUAUCUUUUGAUACCAUGAUUUGAUUUUA